AUAAUAACAUACAAAAUGUAUUUGGUAGUCACAACUCAACACUGUUGCUACAAAUUAAUCCUAAUUGGAUUUGCCACCUUUCUACUCUUUCUUUUGCAACCUUCAAAUAUAUACUAUACUACUUUUAGAAAAUCCCUUAUAUAUUCCCUUCCCAAACCUCUCUUUUCACAAGCAGCAACCAAAUAUCUUCUUUCACAUUCCUUUAGUUUCCUCCUCUGCAUUGUCAAAAUGAUGGGUAGGAAUCAUGCUGUUCUGUUGGGAUUUAUUAUCUGCAUUAUCGUAGCUGGAGUUGGAGGUCAAGCACCUCCAACACCUCCUACUAACCAAGCACCCCCUACCCAAGCACCACCUACACAGGCACCCCCUACUAACCAAGCACCCCCUACCCAGACACCCCCUACACAGGCACCCCCAACACCUACUAACCAAGCACCACCUACACAGGCUCCACCAACACCAACUAACCAGGCUCCUCCAACACCUACUACCCAAGCACCACCUACACCCACUACCCAAGCUCCACCUACACCCACUGGUUCUCCUCCUCCAGUUAACACCCAAACACCACCGGCUCAGCCACCACCAACUGCUUCACCACCCCCCACAGUUUCAUCCCCACCUCCUGUUGUAACUUCUCCACCACCAGCACCUCCUACUCCUAUUGCUUCUCCUCCUCCACCAGUGAACUCUCCACCUCCUCCAGCAGCACCUUCUCCUGCGCCACUUGCAUCAACUCCUGCUCCAGCUCCUGCGAAGAAAUUGACUUCUCCAGCACCAUCUCCUUUAGGAUUUAGUCCUCCCGCUCCAGCCCUAGCCCCAAGUCUUGGAGCUUUAUCUCCUGCUCCUUCAGCUACUGAUCAGAGCGGAGUAGAGGGCCUGAAAUUGUCAACAAUGAUUGUGAAAAGCUUGGUCUUAGGAUGGGGUCUACUCAGCUUUCUAAUGUAGAACUCUCUUUCAUCCUGCAUCAAUUGUUUUAGUUUGCCUCUAUAUGUAUGAAUUGGUAUCUCUUUAUUUAGCUUAGGAUGAUGAUGAUGAUGGCCCAUUUCCUUGCCUGUACUUGGAUUAUAUAUUCACUUUGAUUUUUUUGGAGGAUUUGUUAAGGGGAGCUUAAUUUUUGUAUUUUGACAGGAUUGUGUUUUAAUUGAAGUUUCUAUAUAUUGUUUUAUAUA